AUGGACGCAGAUGCAGAAACAAGGGCUCAACUCCACACUCGCAUCGUAGUCAUCCGCCCAAACGCCCUCCUGUGGCCUCAGGAAGGAGAAGAUUUGGACCCCAGGCUACUUCAUUGUUUUAUUCCCUAUCUGCUCCGCCUCGCUCCUCUAACUGAGCGUACUGGAGGAGGUAAUCUGGUGCCGACAGACACUGGGCGGUACUUCCGCAUUCGACCCGAAGAAGUGGGGCUCUAUAAGUAUUCCUACGCGUCCAAGUGGGGGUACACAACUCAGGAGGCAAUUGCUCGGGGGAACCAGGUGAUUCGGGAGGUUACAACAGGCCGAGGCGUCCCUGAGGCGGGGCUCAAUCCCAUGCUCGCCGUCGCUUUUGCGGGACUUCCACAUAGCCGAAGGCUGCCCAAUCAGCUUGAACACGGCUUACGCAACGCUUUGAAGCGAGCAGAGCUACGACUCCGCUACCAUGCAAGCGGUCCAGUCCCGAUGCCGCGCGAUCGCACCGUAUUCUCUGAGCCCUUUGAGUACGCAGUAUAUCGGCUCCGCGGUGAUGACCUCUUUGUUGUAUACGCAGCGUACGCAACUCAGCUCGAAGAAGGUCGCCGGGUAGCGCUAGAGACCGUUGAGCGCAUGGAUCGACAGCGCGCUCAAAAUAUCCGCACUCGGCGUCAAGAACUUCAGCACCAAUUCCGUCGUGCAAUGAAUCAAUGCAGGCAAAAAAUCGUCGGGAACUCAUCGCCACCUCCGCUGUGCUAUCUGGUCAUCAAAUACCUCCGGAUGUGGUCCGGGUGCAGCUUGGAGGGCUGCACGCAGAUCAUCACCAGGCCAUGGUGGCUCUUCGUCAUGGGCAAGCGCUGCAGCGAGCAGCGUUGGAAGCCCAGUUGCAGGCUCUAUUUCGAGCUCCUCACGUUGCCCAAGUGCUAUGAUCGUUCCUAA